CCAGCGCCUCUUCCAGGCCACUACUUCUCUGGGCUCUGGCUACUCUUCGACGGCGGCCGGCGUAGCGAGCUGUAGCUGAGCUGAACGCAGAACCGAACACCAAGCAUGGCCGCUUCCGUGCAGCCGCGGCAGUUCGGCCACCUCGAGCCGGGCUCCGCGCCGGUGUGCGGCGCCGCAUCCUCGAACGGCGCCAAGGCGUACCCUCCCGCGAACGGCAUCCCGCGCCGCGCCGACUCACCGGUGCGCGGGUGCGGCUUCCCUCCCCUCGUCUCGCCACCUUCGCGGAAGCCGCCCAGCGAUGGGUCGGACGACGAGGAGGAGGAGCAGGAGGACUGGCGGGAGCUGUACGGCUCGCACCUGCAGCUGGAGGUGGAACCGUCGGUGCGCGACGCGCGCGACGAGGGCACCGCCGACGCGUGGAUCGAGCGCAACCCGUUGCUGAUCCGGCUCACCGGGAAACACCCGCUGAACUGCGAGGCGCCGCUGGCGAGGCUCAUGCACCACGGCUUCAUCACCCCGGCUGCGCUGCACUUCGUGCGCAACCACGGCGCAGUGCCGCGGGGUGACUGGUCGACGUGGACCGUCGAGGUGACGGGGCUCGUCAAGCGUCCCAUGCGGCUCACCGUGGACGAGCUGGUCAACGGCUUCCCCGCCGUGGAGGUCCCCGUCACGCUGGCCUGCUCGGGGAACCGCCGCAAGGAGCAGAACAUGGUGCAGCAGACUGUGGGGUUCAACUUUGGCGCCGCCGCCGUGUCCACGUCGGUGUGGCACGGCGCCCGCCUCCGCGACGUGCUCCGGCGGUGCGGCAUCAUGCCCAGCAAGGGCGGUGCGCUCAACGUGUGCUUCGAGGGCGCCGAGGACCUCCCCGGCGGCGGCGGCUCCAAGUACGGCACCAGCAUCACACGCCAGUGGGCGCUGGACCCGUCGCGGGACAUCAUGCUCGCCUACAUGCAGAAUGGCGAGCCGCUGCUCCCCGACCACGGCUUCCCCGUCCGCGCCAUCAUCCCCGGCUGCACCGGCGGCCGCAUGGUCAAGUGGGUCAAGCGCAUCAUCGUCACCACCGCCGAGUCCGACAACUACUACCAUUACAAGGACAACCGCGUCUUCCCGUCCCAUGUCGACGCCGAGCUCGCCAACGCCGAUGCGUGGUGGUACAAGCCGGAGUACAUCAUCAACGAGCUGAACGUGAACUCGGUGAUCACGGCGCCCGGGCACGACGAGAUCCUGCCCAUCAACGGCAUCACCACGCAGCGCGGCUACACCAUGAAGGGAUACGCCUACUCCGGCGGCGGCAAGAGGAUCACGCGGGUGGAGGUGACGCUGGACGGCGGCGAGACAUGGCUGGUGUGCGUGCUGGACCUCCCGGAGAAGCCCACCAAGUACGGCAAGCACUGGUGCUGGUGCUUCUGGUCCGUCGAGGUCGAGGUGCUCGACCUCCUCGGCGCCAAGGAGAUCGCCGUGCGCGCCUGGGACCAGUCGCACAACACCCAGCCCGAGAAGCUCAUCUGGAAUCUCAUGGGGAUGAUGAACAACUGCUGGUUCAAGGUGAAGGUGAACGUGUGCCGGCCGCACAAGGGUGAGAUCGGGCUGGUGUUCGAGCACCCGACGCAGCCCGGGAACCAGACCGGCGGGUGGAUGGCGAGGCAGAAGCACCUGGAGACGGCGGAGGCGGCCGCACCGGGGCUGAAGCGGAGCACGUCGACGCCGUUCAUGAACACCACCGACGGCAAGCAGUUUACCAUGUCCGAGGUGCGCAAGCACUCGUCGCAGGACUCGGCGUGGAUCGUCGUCCACGGUCACGUCUACGACUGCACGGCCUUCCUCAAGGACCACCCCGGCGGCGCCGACAGCAUCCUCAUCAACGCCGGCACCGACUGCACCGAGGAGUUCGACGCCAUCCACUCCGACAAGGCCAAGGCGCUCCUCGACACCUACCGCAUCGGCGAGCUCAUCACCACCGGCGCCGGGUACAGCUCCGACAACUCCGUCCACGGCGCGUCCAACCUCUCCCAGCUCGCCCCCAUCCGCGAGGCCAUCAAGGCGCCGGCGCCCGUCGCGCUCUCCAGCCCGCGCGACAAGGUCCCCUGCCAACUCGUCGACAAGAAGGAGCUCUCCCGCGACGUCCGCCUCUUCCGCUUCGCGCUGCCGUCCUCCGACCAGGUGCUCGGCCUCCCCGUCGGCAAGCACAUCUUCGUGUGCGCCAGCAUCGAAGGGAAGCUGUGCAUGCGGGCGUACACGCCGACGAGCAUGGUCGACGAGGUCGGCCACUUCGACCUCCUCAUCAAGGUGUACUUCAAGAACGAGCACCCCAAGUUCCCCGAUGGCGGGCUCAUGACGCAGUACCUGGACUCGCUCCCCGUGGGCGCCUACAUCGACGUCAAGGGGCCACUCGGCCACGUCGAGUACACCGGCCGCGGCGAGUUCGUCAUCAACGGCAAGCCGCGGAACGCGCGGCGGCUGGCGAUGAUCGCCGGCGGGAGCGGGAUCACGCCCAUGUACCAGGUCAUCCAGUCGGUGCUGCGCGACCAGCCGGAGGACACGACGGAGAUGCACCUGGUGUACGCGAACCGGACGGAGGACGACAUCCUCCUCCGCGACGAGCUCGACCGGUGGGCGGCGGAGUACCCGGACAGGCUCAAGGUGUGGUACGUCAUCGACCAGGUGAAGCGGCCGGAGGAAGGGUGGAAGUACGGCGUCGGGUUCGUCACGGAGGAGGUGCUGCGGGAGCACGUGCCGGAGGGCGGCGACGACACGCUCGCGCUCGCCUGCGGGCCGCCGCCGAUGAUCAAGUUCGCCGUCUCGCCGAACCUGGAGAAGAUGAAGUACGACAUGGCCAAUUCUUUCAUCGUGUUCUAAACUCCUACUACUAAAUUAUACGCACCGCAUUAAUUAUUUUGGUAUACGUACGACGAUGUAUAUACGUGUCGUGCCAAUUAGAAACGAAAUGCUGCAUGCAUGCGUAUGCAAGAUGAGAGAAAAAAAAACAAUAUCUAAGUUGUAGUAGUGUACUCUUGAUAAUAUCCUAGAGUACAUACUGCAUACAUAGGCCAUGAUUUCCCUUUCUAAGAGGCUAGCGGUUGAUUCCUUCCUGUAUACUAUGUUACGAACCAAGGGGGGAUUGGGAAUUUUGGAUUGAACGAGCAGAGGAAGAAUAGAAACAGAGGAAGAACUCGGAAGAACAGAGUAGUUUGGGAGAGAAGCAGUAGGAUUAUUCAGAGAUAGUGUUUUGAUUACAAACUAGUAUGGUGGCCCGUGGAGAUUGCGCGGCUAGCAUCAUUAUAUUUUCUCUCAUAUAAUUACAUAUAUGAUUUCUCAUUA